GUCCUACUUCCCGAGAGCCUCUAGCUCGCAUUUGUGUGCUGAGCGAAAAUACUAUUGGGGAAGUAAACACGACAAAAAAAUGGCCUUCCAGAGGAAUGGGACCUAAUCUAUACAUUCAAACGAGAUAUGAAGACUUAAUGUAAACAAUUAGUGCUACGUUUUCUUGAUUACUUACAUUGUAGAUGGUAUCCAGUGAGCUGUAUCUGGCAGUGGAAGACGACUACUUGGCGAAUAAUAUGAAGGAGAUGAUUGGAGGCUGCUGCGUUUGCUCAGAUGAGAGAGGCUGGGCCGAAAAUCCUCUGGUUUAUUGUGACGGUCAUGGUUGUAACGUCGCUGUGCAUCAAGCGUGCUAUGGAAUUGUGCAAGUCCCUACGGGUCCUUGGUUCUGCAGGAAGUGUGAAUCCCAGGAGAGAGCUGCCAGGGUGAGGUGCGAGCUGUGUCCGCACAAAGACGGAGCCCUGAAACGCACGGACAAUGGAGGCUGGGCACACGUGGUCUGUGCUCUGUACAUCCCAGAGGUGGAGUUUGCCAACGUGUCCACCAUGGAGCCCAUCGUGCUGGCGUCCGUCCCCCACGAUCGCUACAACAAGACGUGCUACAUCUGCGAGGAGCAGGGCCGAGAGAGCAAAGCUGCCACUGGGGCCUGCAUGACCUGCAACAAACAUGGCUGCCGCCAGGCCUUCCACGUCACAUGUGCCCAGUUUGCUGGACUGCUGUGCGAAGAGCAGGGCUCUGACGCCGAUAACGUCAAGUACUGCGGCUACUGCAAGUACCACUACAGCAAACUGAGGAGGAGCAGAGGCCGUGGUAGUAGGGCUCAAAGCUUAAGCGAUUCCUCCUCUCACUCUUUGGAUAAACACCAUGACCAGGACAAGAAGAAACACAAAGAACGAGACCGCCACAAACCAAAGCACAAGAAAUCUCUGGAGCUCUCCCCCUCACUUGUCCAGGGUCAUCUCAUGGUCACUUCUGAGAAGAGCUACAACAGUGGCAGCAGCAGUGCAGGUCCGGUGUCAUCCAUGUCGGGACCCGUGCAGAAGCGCAUGGAAGACAGCAGCGCCCGUUUCACCACCGCCAACUUCCAGGAAGUGUCCACCCACGCGGGGGCCGGGGGCAAGGAGGGCACAGGCACGGGCAUGGGUACGGGCCCAGGGGCAGACGUGAAGGCUGCCGAAGGGAAGAACAAGAAGGCCAACAGCCACUGUCCCGCGCAGAGGGGGCGGAAGUCGGCGGCGGGGAAACCUCUCGUUGCCGUGGUGACCGCUCCCGCGUCCUCGACGUCGUCCUGCAUCCAGUUCCAGCAGAACUCCCACCGAUACGGGCACCUCGCCACGCUACACCACGCCACGCUACACCACGCCACGCUACACCUCGCCACGCUACACCUCGCCACGCCACGCUACACCGCCACGCCACACCUCGCCACGCUACACCUCGCCCGCUACACCACGCCACGCCACGCUACACCGCCACGCUACACCGCCCGCUACACCACGCCACGCCACACCACGCCACGCUACACCGCCCGCUACACCUCGCCCGCUACACCACGCCACGCCCGCCACGCUACACCGCCACGCUACACCGCCACGCUACACCUCGCCCGCUACACCACGCCCGCCACGCUACACCACGCCACGCUACACCACGCCACGCCACGCUACACCGCCACGCUACACCGCCACGCUACACCUCGCCACGCUACACCACGCCACACCACGCCACCACAGCUGUGGGGCUUACGGGGCCUUACGGCCACCUCUCCGCACCUCGCGCUGCUCCUCUCAUCUCUCGCCCAAACGUUUGGGCCCUGGCCAGACCCAGAGUUUUAUCAGCACGGCUACUCCCAAGGAGUGGAGUCCUUGAUCUCACGCGGUGUUCCCCUAUUCUGCUACACCUCGCCACGCUACACCUCGCCACGCUACACCUCGCCACGCUACACCACGCCACGCUACACCUCGCCACGCUACACCACGCCACGCCACACCACCACCACGCCACGCCACGCCACCCCCGCCACACUCUCCACCAGCGUCAUGGCCGCCAGGGGCAGCAGCAACGGAAGCGCGGGAGGGGGCGGGGCAGGAGGAGGCGGCUUGGGCAUCGGGGAGAGCCUGGGCAUCCAGAAGUCCCCAUCUCUUCUCAGGAACGGAAGUUUACAGGGCCUAGGGGUCAACUCUGCGCCCGGCGCACCAGGUGCCUUCCCCAGCGGUGAUGUAACAGGUCCGGUGUCCGGUGGGUCGGAGUUAGCACCUCAGCAGCAGCAGCAGCAGCAGCAGCAGCAGCAGGUCCUCACCUCUCUGGCCCCGCCUGCCCCCUUCAGCUCCACGCCUGCUACUGCAGCCAGCACCGCCAACACACACGCAAAUCCGUUAGCUGGCUCCUCCUUUAACCUGGCCCCGGCACACAUGUUUGGAAACCGCCUGAACCCCAACUCCACCAUGGCAGCUCUUAUCGCUCAGUCUGAGAGCACAGAGCCGGAGCUGGAAGAUGGUGGCCAUGGCUUCCCCAGAAGAGGAGCGUCACCCAAGGCAAACCUCUCGCCACGGUCUCCUCCGGGGAGUGGCCUGCACAUCCGCUAUGACCCGUCGUCAGGCUCGGUGGGUGCGGGUCCGGCUGACUCAGUGCUGCCCCCAGUGGCCACCAGCCUGCAGCAGCUGCUGGAGCGGCAGUGGAGCGACGGACAGCAGUUCCUACUACAACAUGGAGCUCAGGGAGACGUGGUUGGGAUGCUGAAGUCUCUGCACCAGUUGCAGCAGGAGAACAGGCGGCUGGAGGAGCAGAUCAAGAGCCUGACCAUGAGGAAGGAGCGUCUGCAACUACUCAGCGCUCAGCUGGCCGUGCCCUUCACUUCCAGCAGCCCCUCUGGACACGGCACACACACACACCCCAACCACGCACACGCAGAUCUGCUGAGCGGCAGCAAGAGCAUUCAGCUGGGAGGAGGCGUUCUUACAGAUCCCACCCACACUUCUCAGGACUCUCUCCCCGGUGGCCAUGGUAACAGCAGCAGUGGGGGCAGCACCUCGUCUCUGUCCAUGCCGUCCCGUAGGGGGGUGGGCAUGGGUCUGAUGGUGAGGGGCAUCAUGGCGCUGACGUGGUGGCUCUCCAGCGGCGUCAUCCGCCCUCGCCCGGCCCUCGGCCAGACUGCCAGCCCCCUCCAGCAGCACGCCACGUCGGUGGUCACCAGUGGAGCCAUGCCCAUCAGCAGCAGUGCGACGCGUCUGGGCCAGAUCACUGAGCAGCAGAGGCAGUUCCUUCUACAGCAACAGCAGCAGAUCCAACACCUCCUUACCUCCCCACAGACCACUCAGGAGCAGCAGCAAGUCCUGCUGUAUCAGCUAAUGCAGCAGCAGCAGCAUCAGCAGCAGCAUCAGCAUCAUCUCCAGCAGCAGCAUCAGCAGCAGCAUCAGCAUCAUCUCCAACAGCAACAGCAGCAGCAGCAUCAGGACCUCCAGCAGAUGCAGCAACUCUCCUCUUCCUCCUCCUCCACCUCCUCCUCCUCCAUCCAGCUGCACCCCCUCAGCGGCCUGCUGCCCUCUGCCCACGGGGGCCCCUCUGCCAACCCCUUCCUGGCCAUGCACUCGGACACUGCUGCAGCCGCCACCGCACAGAAGAACGCCAGGUUAUCAGAGAAGGCGGUGUCUGUGUCGGGUCAGGAGAAGACCUGACGUGGCUGGUCUGGUCUGCCUGUAGGACAGCACUUCACCCCACCAACCUCUCUCUCUCAGGGGCCUCGCCAGAUCCGCACCACAACCAGAACCAGAACCAGGACCAGGACGCACUCUCCACCACCGCACCACCCUCACCCGCACAAAAACACCACCCAAACCCAGUACAAAACACCAACCGCCACCCUCACCCACACCACACAACCCCACACAACCCCACCCCACAGAACACCACACCACCUCACCACCAGGCGUUCCACACGACGCCAACACGCUCAUGACACGAA